UUCAGAAGCCUCUCGGCAUCCAACGGGGGCGGACUUACGCUCCGUGACGCCGAGGUGACUGCGGAGUGGGAUAAUGGUGAAUCUUCUGGGAACAUCCGUGGUGGUCACCAUUAGCAUCAUCACGAGUAUUGUGAAGGCCAAGAGCAAUACGUAUGUUGAGGUCGCGUCCUCCUUCCCACCAGAUCUCUCCACCAGUUUCUUGGUUGAAGUGAAGGAGAGACAAUGCAGCCAAUCUCAUCCUUGCCUCAAUCAGUGCAACUUGCAACCAAACUGUUUUCUCGUCUGCAUUAAAGAUUCGAUGUGCCGCAUGUACAGCAGGUGGGUGGGCGAACAGUGGUCUGGGUACAACAACACCGACACUCUACAUCUCGGAUCCUGCUUCACUUCAUGGACCAACCAGCAACGAAUCUUUCCCGUGGCCACCAACCAGUCAGGAAUCUACAUGAACCAUUAUUCAAGUGAGGCUGUCAGCGGAUAUCUGUCAACGCCCAUCGCCUUCUGCAGCAUAACGGCGCAGAUGGCUAAUCCGUGGUGGUGGGCGGACCUGGGCGAAUCCAAGACGGUUUCGCAGGUCGUGGUUCACAUCCGACGCGACGGGUACUCAAACAGUCAAUUCCGGUCCGUGGUCGCUCGUCUGGGGGAUUCCCUCGACGCCUUCCAGAAUCCGGUGUUCGACUCGAAAAACGGCGCUCCCGCCACUGGAUCCGUCAUCAGCUUCACGCCUGCAAGACCCAUGGUGGGCCGGUAUCUUUCCCUACAAAGUAUCGUGUCCAAUGACCGUCUGACCAUCUGCAACGUACAAAUAUUAUCUUAGACAUCUACAUCUACAAGGAAGAACAAGAGUA